CCCGCUCCCAGGCCCUGAGGGAAAUAGCGAGGGCGUAUGUCUGGCUUCUGCUGGCCGUUGGCCCCCUCAGACGGUGCCCUGGCAGAGCUCUCCUCGAGGCCCGUCGCCUCCCCUCCUCCCCGGCUCUGACAACAAUAGUCUAGCGUAGAGCCGGGGAGAUGGGAAGAAGUCCUUCCGCGUGGCACCCCCAGGGCCUCCGGCUGGUCUGGAGUCGGCCCGCCCCGAGGGGCGUGAGGAGGGGGCGGGGCUGAGGACUUAGGACUGGGGCCCAGAGACCGCCUCCUGCCGAGCCCGAGCAGGCAGCCCAGUCUGGUGCUGAGAGAGCCAUGACCGCGCUACUGGGGCUCUGGCCCGAGAUGCAGGAUACCUGCACCUCGCUGGGGCUGAUGCUGUCGAUCGUGCUGUUCAUGGGGCUAGCCCGGGUGGUCACCCGGCAGCAGCUGAACGGGCCCAUGGCCCACGCCUUCGUCUUGGAGUUUCUGGCCACCUUCCAGCUCUGCUUCUGCACUCAUGAGUUACAACUGCUGAGUGAGCAGGAACCCCUGCACCCCACCUGGCCGCUGACGCUAAUCUACUUCUUCUCAAUGGUGCAUGGCCUGACUCUGGUGGGCACCUCCAGCAACCCAUGCGGCGUGAUGAUGCAGAUGAUGCUGGGGGGAAUGUCCGCUGAGACGGGUGCGAUUAGACUGUUAGCUCAGCUGAUUGGUGCCCUGUGCAGCAGGUACUGCAUGGGCGCCCUGUGGAGCCUGGGGCUGACCAAGUAUCACGUCAGCGAGAGGAGCUUCGCUUGCAGGAAUCCCAUUCAAGUGGACUUGCCCAAAGCGGUCAUCAUAGAGGCUGUCUGCUCCUUUAUUUUCCACAGCGCUUUGCUGCACUUCCAGGAGGUCCGAACCAAGCUUCGUAUCCACCUGCUGUCAGCACUCAUCACCUUUUUGGUUUAUGCAGGAGGAAGUCUAACAGGAGCUGUAUUUAAUCCAACUUUGGCACUUUCACUGCAUUUCAAGUGUUUUGAUGAAGCAUUCCUUCAAUUUUUUAUAGUAUAUUGGCUGUCUCCUUCUUUAGGUAUAUUGCUGAUGAUUUUGAUGUUCAAUUUUUUCCUUCCAUGGCUGUAUGACAACCACACAACUAAUAAAAAGGAGUAACUAUUCUAAAAGACUCAGCCUAAAUUACAGGACAGUCAAGCUCGAUGUGAUAAAGAUUUUAUCACCUAAUAUUCAACACUGGUUGCAUUGGAUUCAUCAAUAUUAUCUUCCUUUGAAGAAGCUGCCUUAGAGCUUUCAUCACUGGAACUUAAAAAAAAAAUUACUGUGAAAA